AUGGGAAUAAGCUGCUGCGUUUACAUCGAGAAGCCAUCUACGGAGGAUAUCUGUCUGAAGCACAAGCAUGAACGGUUUGUCAUCUACGGGUGCCGGAACUGUCGCACGCACUUGUCGUCAAGCACGCAGCUUAUGUCAAAGGACUAUCGGGGAAAAACUGGCGACGCAUAUCUUAUGAACGAGGUAGUUAAUGUUUUUGAGGGCGAGCGCCAGACCCGGUAUAUGAUUACGGGGAAAUAUGUCGUUUGUGACAUAUUCUGCUCUACUUGCGGUGCUCUUGUUGGCUGGAGGUACCUCAAGAGCGAGAAGAGUAACCAGCAGUACAAGGAGGGCAAGUAUAUAUUGGAGCUACUUCCCAUCACCCAAUGUAGGUGA